UUGAAAAAGUUUAUUUUAAUUUUUUUUCAUGUUUAUUUCCAAGUUCAUUUUUUACUAAACUAAAAAUAGUUAAUAAACUCCCAUUAAACUUUAAAAUUCACAUAAAUUCCUGUUACUGAAUGAUACUCUUUUUUAAUUAAAUUAAAAUCUUUUUUUUUUGUUCGCAACUUAUUUGUCAAAUAGUUUUUUUAACUUUUAAACAGCAAAAAUUGAAAAAAAAUUAUUUUUGCAUAGAAACUAUCCCCUUCCUUUCCCCCACAAUUUUACAAAUCUUUGCUCGUUCAUUCAGCGUCAAGGCCACUCCAAUUUAUUAGUCAUUUAUUUUUUUUGGGGGGGGGGGGGGGGGGGGGGGGAAGACUUUACUAAAUUUAACCAUUUAUUUAUUAUACCUUUCUUUGAAAAGCUAAUAAAUAAAUAUAAAAAUUGAUUAUUUUGUGUAAAAAAUCUUUUUAAAAGAAAAUUUAGGCGGGGAGGGGAACUUUCCCUCUCUCCCUUUUAUUUAUUUACCCCCCCCCUCCCCCUUCCCUUCCUUUUCCCUUUUUGCCAAGUGGCCAUAAAACGGAGAAAAGAAAAUAAAUGACCAAUGCUGGUUUGGGGGAGAAUGAAAAAUAAAUAAUAAAGAAAGGUGUGAGACCAACGGCCAACUAUCAGUCAGAAGACAAAAUGGUCAAAGUGCGCUUCUCUUCUUUAAAAAUAUUUUUUUUGAAAAAAAAAAUUAUUUUUUUUAUUAAAGAAACCCCAAAAAUAUUUUUUAUCUGACAAAAUUUUAAUCAGAAAUCAGAAUUUUCUUUUCUUCAGUCCCCCUUCCUUUGGUCUAUUCUUACCAAAUGUCCAUUCCCCUUCUCUCUCCCCCCCCCCUUUUCGGCCAGUCAGAGGUUGUAAAAUGGACAGUAAAUUACCCACUAUUACUAUUUUUUCCUAAUGCUAUACUGCUAAAAUAUAAAUUUUCUUUUUUCCUCAAACCAAUUUUUGUUCAAUUGUCAUCGUUUUCAUUUAUAGACAGCUGAGGCUUUACUAAAGACUUUACUAAAUUUAACCAUUUAUUUAUUAUACCUUUCUUUGAAAAGCUAAUAAAUAAAUAUAAAAAUUGAUUAUUUUGUGUAAAAAAUCUUUUUAAAAGAAAAUUUAGGCGGGGAGGGGAACUUUCCCUCUCUC